AGUGCUAUUUUAUUUCGUCAAUCAGCAGGUGGAAUUUCAUAUUUCGUCAAUUUUUUCGCCUCUGUUUCGUUAAUAAAUAUUUCAAGUUUGAAGUUUUGAAUUAAAUACACUGAUUAAUAAGCAGUGAUUAUCAUUACAAAGUAGAUAAGACGAGUACAAAGCCGCGUCUUCAAUAUUCUCGAAUUUCAACUCACUAACAAGAUUUCCAAUCUAGUCACGUGGAAUAUUUUUUUAAGUUCAGAAGUCUUUAUUGAAACCAGUAAAAACCUUUAAAGUUUUGACUCGGGGGGAACGAAUUCUAAAAUACUUGCGGUUCUUUGCAUCAAAUAAAGUUUUAAAGAUGAACAACAGGCAACUCUUGAGCCCCACACUUUUGGCCUUUCUGAAGGGCUUGAACAAACCCGUGGCUCCAAAACAGUCGUCGACAUCGGGUCAACAAAAUCAGUCGUCGAAAGGUCAACCAAAACAGAACAACUUUCAAACUUUUAUUCUCGUGCGACAAAAUUUUCGAAACGCCUUUGCAUCCGGUGUUCUCCGACCGGACGAUUUCGCCCAUCGAAUUCAAGCCAUGGUCACUGCUGCGACAAUUGCUAUCUUGGAGGAUGCGAAAAAACGAAAUAUUAACGCGAUUUUGGGCGAACUUUGUAAAGACGGUAAACUAAAGCCGUUCAGUGUGGCGGAAGCGCUGGCUUUCCUUUGGGUCUACGUCGGCACGGUGGAGGAGGUGACGAGGCGAAGUGGACCAAUUUUUUGCCGCGGAGUGCUCAGCUAUCAAUUAGAGUAUUUGUUUAGACAAGCAGUCGCCGUAGAUAAGGGAAAGAACAUGCAGCACGUCGCCUACUUGUGGAAGAAGGUUCGAAAAUGCAACCCCCCCUCGGAGGAGUUUCCUUCACAUGGGAACACUUUUAAGAACGCUUAUGGUGGCGUGGAUUUGGACGUGGUGUGGACACCGGAGAAAGGAAUGGAACAGUUUUUUGGAGAGAUAUUGUCAGUUAACGGGGUCUGGAGAAAUCCGUCCUCGAACAACGAGCAACAAUCGGGCAAAGAUGCUACUCCAAAAACGAUUAUGAAACCAACCUUAGCGAGGAAGGACGAUAAAUCAGUCAACCUAGAAAGAUCAUCGACAUCGAAACCGCGUCCAAGAUCAGAUUUUGUCCAGCAAAAUAUACAAGAAUUAACCAGCAAUAAUCCUGCUGCUGCUAAUCUCCCCCUGAUAACUACGGAUAGCGAUGCUCUACUCUUCCUCACAAAUCCGGCUGAGUACAUCGGACUAAACCCGUCCUUGUUUCCAUCCAGUAAAGAUGUCACUUGGUCUGCCAGAAAAUUACUUCCGGAACCACCGACAAAACGGAACAAACCAAACCCUGUGAAUGAUCCCGUUCCGGAACCGGAAGUCGCUCAAACUCCGGCCGACUGUACGGAAACUUUGCUGAGGGUGGAUUUUACGCCGGAGGAGUACGUCGAUCAGACCACGGCGCCCAAUUAUUAUGCUCAAGGGGUCAAAAUUGUCGAUGGGGUGAGAAGGGUCGUCUUCUAUCAUAAGAUGAUAAAUUCCUCGUACAUUAAGAAAGAACCGAUUUAAAUUAAUGAGUCUGCAAUGAUAAUGGUCAAUUUACAUACACAUCAGUUAAAACAAGUGUGAAUUUAUACUUAUAGAUUAACAAAAGUAUGAAUACUUUUAUGAAUUAUUAUGACCUCCUGGAAAUAUUUAUUCAUCUUUGUUAUAAUUGAAAUAAACUACAUAAAAUAGCAAAGUAUA